GAGCGCUAUUCCCAUCCCCCGUUGCAACAGCUGUUCGUGAAGACCUGUUACAGAUGCGUAGGGUCCAGCAAAGGCUCAGCAACACUCCGGAGAACAGGGCUGAAAAGUUUUAGAAAGCAACUGUGUACUAAUCAGAUGAAAGCAAAGUGUUACUAAUUUCAACACAUUGUAUAGUAUGGAGGAGGAGCGUCUUUCCUUUCAACACGGAGAUUCUGCUCUGCGUGAAACAGACUUAAGAACCGAUCUCUCUCUCACUUACUCCCCCCUCUCUCUCUUCUCUCUUGUUUCUGCAAAGCUUGAAACGGGGCCAGCAAAUUAAGAGCAAAGUGGAUAAUAUUUGUCUUUGAGGGGUGUUGCAAGAUUCCGAACAAGUGGAACAAGACUGGCGUUAAUGCAAGAUUUUGAAUUUCAAAAGUUGUUCAGCUAAGACAAAAAGUCUCCAGAGCAUGGAAUGAGGGGGUCUGUUGCUACGUGCGUGGUAUUCCCAGAGUUCCUUAGACGAAUUUAGAGCAACUUGCAGGCUUUUCAGCUGCUGAAUUCUGCUGAAAGGAAGAGACAGCCCAGUCAAGAAAAGUAAGACUUUAAAACGCUCAAAGGCAGAGGAGAGAAGAAAACAGACAAGGCAAUUUAUUACUUACCAACCAGCCUCUAAUUCACUAACUGACUUCUGGUCAGCUGGAGGUAACUUACUUAAAUGGGUGGUGUGGUGGCAGGGUGGUCUCUAUGCAAGAUGAGAUCACCCCGGUGAAGAAAUGUAAUGUUCUUUUCUGUUGUAAAAGUGAUCAGCAGAAAUGCUGCCUGCAGGAGUCACUGCGUGUCUGACUAGUACACCGGACUUGGACUUGCUUGUUUAAUUUCUAUUACAGUUUAUCGUAUCACUCGGAAAAACACAGCAGAGUUUUUUCUUCAUCAUCUAUGUGUGUGCAACCUUUUCCAUGGGGACCCACUUUAAGUGAAUUGAUUCAUGUUUAAAGCAACAGGAGGCAGCGUUGAAGUGACAUUUGGUUUACAAGGCUCGGAUUAUGAACCUUUCUCCUGUUACACCGUGUGUCCAGUGAUUGCAUCAACAAGUUUGCAUGUAAAGAAUGAACAACCCCCCAACUUCUUCUAAUAAUUGGAUUGCUAUUCCUGAUUUGCACAGAGCUAAACUAUGACUAUAUUUAUCUAGAGGCAGACAGUCUGUGGCAGAGGAUAUAUCGGACCGUUUAAAAUAGAUACUGAACUCUUGGUGUCAAUUUAAGAUGGUUCCAACCGAGAGCUGAAUUAUGCUGUUGAAAUUGCAUUUGAGAAAUAGUUUUGCAGGUGCUAAUUCAUGUGCAGCUCAAGAGCGUUUGCCUCUGAAGAGCCAGUGCAUGCCAAUGUCCUGAAAGCAAAAGCCAAGGAUAAUUGGUGAGUGUUCGGUAUACAUAGUGAAGUAUCACGGAUCAAAAUGGAGGAAGCCUCUGGAAAUCAAUAUUCGAAUGGAGAUGAUGCUGGAAUCCCCGAAUCCAUGGAGUUACCCAUUGCUGAGCCUGACCUGCACCGAAUGUACCUGUCUUGUUUACCUGACCGCUACAUGAAGGCAAAAAUGAGCUUGGCAGCCUACCUCAUCGAUUGGGCCAUUGCAUUACUUUGCAAGAGAGCACUGGAUAGAAACACAGUUAUCCAGCACCAGGUUUCAGAAUCCAUAGAAGGCCUUUCUGAUCCAUGUGAAUCUGAAGGGGAAGGCGGUUCAGAGGAAGAAUCUCCAGCUCCAAGCCAAGUUUCUCUUGGUGCACUGCGUGGAUCAAAUAAAAGUGUCUUAGAAACACCGACAUUGGAACCUGCUGGAACAUAUUCAGAGAUAACAGUGACAGGUCCUGACUUAAAAUUAGAAACAACCAGUGUUCAUACUGAUGAUUUGGAAAGGCUAAUUGAUAUAUUCACAGAACCACAGCUCAGUACUAGUUCCUCUGAUACAUUGCAACUGCAUGCAACCCAAGUAAGGACUUCUACAACUUCCUUCUGCAGUGAUUCUGAUCCGCAAAGUCUAUCCUCCAAUUCACAGGUGAGAAAUGAAGCCGCACUAGGUGCAGAAUUAGAGCAAGGUGACAUUUCAGAAGAGAUAUCUGAUGCCAAGUUUAGCAGUUGUUCCAGCGUAUGCCCUGAGCAAUGUAUUGCCCAUUCAAGAGUUAGUCAUCCUGUUGACGCAGACCCUAAACCAAGUGAUCAAUCCUCAGAAGCUGAGGCAGAGGCAAGGGAAUUUUUCCUUCUAUCAAAACCACUGGGAACUGAGCUUUCUGAUGAAUUUCAUUUGGAAAAAGGCACUAUUUCUUUAGAAACAACAACGCAACACAAUGUAGUAACUUCUAGAUCAGGAACACCAUUAAGCGUUGCUUUUGAUGGACACACAAGUAACUGUUGUCCUGAGUUGAAAUGGGACUCUAAUAAGAAUUCUCCGCAUACUCAAGAACAGAUUUUGAUUCCCCCAGAAACAAAAGCAUUACUAAGUGGGAUUUCUUUGGACAUUAAUAUACAGCCAAGUGUGCUUUCAUCAGAAGCAACGGAGCCAGCAAGGAUUUUCCCAGAUAAACAAUCUGAACCUGCUGCAAUUUGUCUUGGGAUACAUCAGACUUCCAAUGGAAUUAAACCAGAUCGAAGUAAAAGCCCUCUGGCAGAAGAAGACUGGCCUUCUUUGAACGAGGAACAAGUUUUAAGUGCAAUUCCCUCAGAGAUAAAUCAAGAUCCCACUCCUGAUGCAAAGAAGAUUCCUCCAGUAAUUGUCACAGAAUCCAAGCCAACUCAGGCUCCACUGGGUGUGAAUGAAUUCAGGAGUGAAAUUCCAGUUGAAGUAGAAUCAGAUAUCGUUGGAGCCAUCCCAGGUUUUGAAUCUGACCCAAUCUGGCUUUCUGAGCAAACAAAUCAAGAUUCAAGUGAAAUUCUUUUUGACAUUGAAUCACGUGUCCCCACUAUUGAGACAAACAAAAUUUGUGGUGAAAUUAUAUCAGAAUCAAUCUGGGCCUUGCUCCACGCAGACCAAGAUUUAAGUGAAUUUUCCCCUGAAGUUGAAUCUGAUUCCACAAAAAAAAUUCCCGAAACAGAUUAUAGUUUUGCUGGACUUAAAUCAGAACCAGUCUCGACUUCUGUGGAUUCAGAGCAAGACAUAAAUGAAACCCCAUUUAAAACUGAACCACAUUGCACGGUGAUUAGUGCAGAGGCAAAUGUAGCUUCUGCUGGGCUCAUUUCAGAUUCAGAACCAGUCUGGGUUUCCCAGGAUACCGACCAAGAACUAAGUGAAACACCUUUUGAAACAGAACCGGACUGCUCUGAGACUUAUCCUGGCAUACAAUCAAAAAUAAGUAAAGCCUCAGACCUGGUAAAUUUAGAGGAAAAUAGUUUGUCUGAUUUAGGUGUUAGUUGUCCAAAGAUAGAAACAAGCAGGACCGCUCAUGAAUCUAAAUCAGAAGCAGCUUUAGCUCUAAUUUGUCCAGAGAGUGAAUUAGAACUUUUUGAGGUUUGUGCUGUAAUUCAACAAGACAUCAAUGGAACAAAUACCAUAGCAAACCUGAAGCCAAGUCCAGAAACCUCUCACCGACUGGGAUUUGUUGUUGAAAGCCAAUUAGAGCAAACUGCGUUUUCUCGGGAGUCAGAAGGAUUUACAGAUAUAAGUGAGACCCCUGAAACUGAGGCAAGCAACAAUGAAGUAUAUGACAACGAAAUUUCUGAAAGCGUAAAUGUGGGCAUAAGUGACAUUACUGCUGAAAGAAGUUCAGCUUGUUGUAAUUCACUUGGACCGCAGUCUGGAGAAAUUACUUGUGCAAUUCUUUCAGCUUGGCCAGAAACUGAGCAAAUUUCUUUUGAAGAGGGUUUACUCAAAAAGAACACUAGAGUUGAACUGGAAUUAGCAAGCUCUCCCAUUGAAAUUGAUUUUGAAAGAACUGGUGUAGAUUCCCUCGGGACAGGAUCUGGGACUAAUGAAGAAACAAUAACUGCACUAAAAACAUCAAAAGGUAAUUUCACAGAAAAGCAUGUUGAAGAUUCUGAAGAGGCUGAAUUGAAACUUACUCAGAUUUUCUCACCAACUCAAACUGAAUCACACAGGGUUAUUUUGGAGGAAAAGCAAAGGGAAAUCAAUGACUUACCAUUACCUAGAGGGCACCAACAUGAGGAUUUUGGCAGUGAUUUUGAGACACAUCUGUCAAGUCCGAGGAAUACUGAAAUACUAGUUUCGGGGGACACCUAUUCACACUCUGAUCCAGUGGCUGGAGGUAUAGAAACGCCUGAAGUUGACCUUCAGAAGGACAGGCAAACAAAUCAAUUUUCAGCUAAUGCAAGGACAGAUUCAAAAGAAAGUCCUCUUGACACAAGACCAGAGGGUGAAGCCCCCAUUGCUGAGACAGCAACUGAGGUUUACAUUGAAAGGACAAUAGGAGCAAGUGAAAUCUAUCCUACAGCGACUGGUGUCAGAAGGGAAAAUGGUAUCGAACUCACUGGUAAGGAAAGUGCAUGUACAUUUGAGUUGAUCGAGCAGUCUAUUAAACACAGCACUGGAGAAGGCCCAGAAAAUGAUAAUUUGUAUUCAGCAUUUGAAGCAACCACAAGACAAAAUGUAAAUAUAAGCAAUAUCUCAGCUGAAGAAAACACAGGAGUGGGUGAUAUUCCUGAUCAAACUAGCAUAGUACCGAAUGAGGCAUGUGUUGCUUCAAAGGCUGAACCAAUGAACAUAUUUGUUGACGGAUUGUCAAUAUCAGAUAUCACUGACUCCUUAGAAUUGAUUAGUGCAACUGAGAUAAUUGAAAAGGAGAUAACUGAUGCUGAAUUAGAGCGAGCAAGUUUUUUUGUUGAGGAAGGAUCCUGGAUCAAUUUGGAAAAUGAUCCCAUCUGCUUUCAUGAUGUUGAGUCAAAGCCAACUGAUCUUCUGUUCGAGGCAAAAUUAGAAGACACUGGAAUGGUAAGCACUCAUCUGCACAGAACAUAUAUAGGCUCAUCUGCAGAGGUAGAUACUCUGCAGGAUGAAGACACUGACAUUAUGAAUUAUGACAUGAUACUAGAUGAGCAUCCGGCCCAUUGCAAACACGGCAGCCAAGAGACAAUUAAAUUAGAUGGUGAACCCGGUGAUAUUCCUCCAAUUAUUUAUGAUACUGACGGGAACAGUACAACUAGUGAGGAACUAGAGGAAAGGACUUACCCAUUUGGCAGUAACAGCAGCUUACAAAAAGCACUGCAGAGACAAACAAACACGAAAGGAGAAGAACGGUUUGGAUCAUUGUCCUCUUUAAACACCUUCACCACUUCUUUGAAAAACUCUAAAUUUUCGGUUUUUACCAAAAUGGCAUCAUUUAAGAAAAACAAAUCCUUGUCACAGGAACAUCAAACGGAAAGUAGCUGCAGAGAUGGGAACAAGAGGCUACAAACGAGAGAUGGGAAUGAGAGUAAAACACAAAGCAAGAGCAAUGCAAUUUCUAUUCCAGGGUAUAGAGUACAUAAUCCAAAUUAUAAAAUCCAUCUGCCUCACCAGGUAAGGGGUAGCACCAGGCGUGAAUAUCCAACUUUGGAUGGUUCAGACGAAGAUGAUGAUGUUUUUGAAAGUUGCAGCCAAUUGAACCAAAGUGUGAAUCGAGGGUUUAGCUCUGAUGCACGACAGGAUGUGGGAGAUAUGGAAGAGGAUCAGAGAGUGGCCGAAAAUGGUCAUCAUUUCCAUAGAAGAAGCACAGACUCGAUGGAGGGAGAAGACAUUAAUACAGAGGAUCAAAACACCAAGAUACAAUCUGCGACAGAUAACAGUUGCAAAAAGAGCGGAAGUGCCGAUAGCAUUAAUCUUAGAAUGAAGCGGGCUUUUGCCAAUAAAUCUCUUUCCAUUUUCUUUGAAUCAAAAUCUGGAGACAAAGAAAAUGCCAAUCAGAAUGCAAAAUCUCAGAAGAAAAUUGAUGGUGAAGAUGGCAAAGCAAGUCACAUGUCCUGGAAAAGGUUCAUGAGGUUAAGUGAAUCGGAGUCGACAAAGGGAUCAAACGCAUUAAGCAGUUCAAGUACAAGCAGCGGGGAAAGUCAACUCAUACGGACCCAUUCGCUGGUGCACAGUGAAUAUGCAAGACGGAUCUCAAUAGAACAGGUCGACAAUGCCUCACUUUUAGCACUCUCGUCAUCCUCACCCUCUCGGAGGUCAAGCAAACCUCAGCUUUCUAACUGCUCUCUUGACUCAGAUCAUGUACCGAAAAUGAUAGAGCAAAGAGCAAAAAGAACAUCUCCAAAUGGAUUAAGGCUUACAUUGAUGUCCAACAGUAGCGUGGAACCUGAGGAUGGUUUUAAAACUAUGUCGAAUCAAACCAUCCCGCAAACCUUAAUGAAUCAAUUGAGUCCAACGUGGAAUAGGCCUGGUGUGAUUUUGGAAUGUUUUGAUGGUUCUUUCCCUGCAAGGCCGAUGAGUCCUAAACCUCAAAGUCCAAGGUCAAGUUUUCGGAGGAGCUUUCGGUCGAGCAACAGAGGCAGCACUUCAUCAUGGACCUCCCUUGAUUCUAGCAGGACAGCCGAUGGUGUGUUGGAAAGUCCUGAAAGGCCAACAACAUUGAAACCAAGAGGAAGUCUUCUUCUUUCAGUGCAAUCUCUCAAUUAUGAAUGUCAGAAAGAGGACAGUGGAAUUAGCAGUCAAUCACAGACAAGUCUCAAUACGACAUCAUCAGUCAUAGACAUUGCCAAAGAUGAGGAAGUAAGUAAGCAUCCAACCCAAACCUCGCAGGAGAUGAAUCCAACUGCUUCCACGGUCCUGAGAAGCCACCAACAGAAUCAUCCGCGGCAGCGCCCAAUCUCAGACGUUGGCCAGUUGGCCUGGUUAUUUGGUCGCUCUGAACAUGAGGUGAAAUAUAAACUAGACAGUGAAGAUGAAACAGAAGAGUUAUGUUUAUUGCCUUACAAGCGAUGCAGCUCAGACGAACUUUUGCAAGAAGAAGCGAGGAAGAGGCAGAGGAAGUUGAUUGCAGACCUAGAGAACAGCAGAGCACAGCAUGGCAGGACCACCGUUGAGGUUUGCAAUGAAGUUGGAAUAAGAUUUCCAUAUCUGCCACCUCUCUCUGCUACCUUCAAAGACAUUCCCUUGAGAUUUCUUUCCUUAUCCCAGAGCACACCAACAGGACUGGACUGUAUAGGUCAUAAACGAUGGAUGGCAACUUCUGUCAUCAAUGAUGGCGCCCUGGAUAAGAGUGCUUUUGCCGAUGAAGCUGGAAGUGAAGAGGAUUUGUAUGAGGAGUAUCGGAGUGGGAAUCACAGAUAUGGGCAUCAAGGAGGAGGUGGAGAGCAACUGGCCAUCAAUGAGCUCAUCAGCGAUGGCAGUGUGGUAUAUGCAGAGGCCCUCUGGGACCACAUCACCAUGGAUGACCAGGAGCUGGGCUUCAAAGCUGGUGAUGUCAUUGAAGUAGUGGAUGCUACGAACAAAGAGUGGUGGUGGGGGCGGAUUGGAGACAGUGAAGGCUGGUUCCCUGCCAGCUUUGUGCGGUUGUGGGUCAACCAGGAUGAACCCAUGGAAGAAUAUCCUGUGAAGGUGGAAGAUGGGAAAGUUGAUGACCCCAACAGUGCUAAUCGUUCCCUGGCCAAAGGCCAGUCAAAGAAAGACCAAAUGAGGACGAAUGUCAUCAGUGAGAUCAUGAGCACUGAGAAUGAUUACAUCAAGCACUUAAAGGAUAUCUGUGAGGGUUAUGUUAAGCAAUGCCGUAAAAGGACAGACAUGUUCACAGAAGAACAGCUGCGCACCAUUUUUGGGAACAUUGAAGACAUCUACAGAUUCCAGAAAAGGUUUCUGAAAGACCUGGAAAAGAAAUUCAACAAAGAUGAGCCUCAUUUGAGUGAGAUUGGAUCCUGUUUUCUUGAAUUUCAGGCAGAUUUCCAGAUAUACUCAGAAUACUGCAACAACCAUCCUAAUGCUUAUGCAGAGCUGUCCAAACUCAUGAAGAUCAACAAAUAUGUUUACUUUUUUGAAGCUUGCCGACUGCUCCAGAAGAUGAUUGACAUCUCUCUGGAUGGGUUUCUGCUCACACCAGUGCAGAAGAUUUGUAAAUAUCCCCUCCAACUGGCAGAAUUACUCAAAUACACCAACCCUGAGCACAGGGAUUACAGUGAUGUUGAGGCUGCACUAAAUGCCAUGAAGAAUGUGGCCAAGCUCAUCAAUGAACGCAAGAGGCGACUGGAGAACCUCGAUAAAAUAGCUCAGUGGCAGAGUUCAAUUGAAAAUUGGGAGGGUGAGGAUGUUUUGGCACGAAGCUCGGAGCUUAUCCAUUCUGGUGAAUUGACAAAGAUUUCGCAGCCACAGGCCAAGAGUAAACAACGAACCUUCUUCCUCUUUGACCAUCAGGUGGUCUUUUGCAAAAAGGAUCUUCUACGUCGGGACAUCCUGUACUACAAAAGCAGGAUAGAUACAGACAGCAUGGAAGUGGUGGAUGUGGAAGAUGGGAAGGACAAGGACUUUAACAUCAGUGUAAAGAAUGCUUUCAAACUUCAAAACAAGUUCACAAAUGAGAUCCAUUUGUUCUGUGCAAAGAAAUCCUCAGUGAAACAACGAUGGCUUCAGGCCUUUGAAAAUGAAAGAAAACAGGUUCAACUGGACAAGGAGACAGGCUUUGCUAUCACAGAAGUUCAAAAGAAACAGGCCAUGAUGAAUGCAAAGAAAUCACAUCCAGCAGGGAAGCCAAAAGCUGUAACAAGGCCUUACUAUGACUUUCUAACAUUGAGGCAGAAACAUCCGAUGCUACCUUCAACCGUUCCACAACAGCAGGUGUACAUGUUGGCCGAGCCCAAACGUAAGCCCUCCAACUUUUGGCAGAACAUUGGGCGACUGACACCAUUCAAGAAGUGAAGAGACAGCUUUGUGAAGAUGAUUUAACGCCAUACCAAGGGAGCACUUUAGAAACCAGUUGCAAUGGGAAUGAAUGAAUGCUCUGUGUGUGUUCAGUUAUGUAUAUAAAUGUCAACGCACGCUGUACUCCUACGUGUUGGCAAUCUCCUCAUGAGGAGAAGAUGGCAUUUCCUUCACCUGGUGACUUUGCUGGUCGGACAGCUUCCCGAUAAUCAGACCAUCAACAGUGCCAGUUACAGAGCUGCCUAAAUAUAUAUUGAUGUUGGCAACGACAGCUGAGCUCAACAUUCUCCAAAUUCCCCAGAACAAGGUUUUUCCUUUCUAUUUUAAAUGGAACGAAUCAUAACGAGAGAAGCUGCAUCUUGGCAAAGAAUACAGAUGUCUAUCGAGAAUUUGCUGUAUUUGUGAAGGUGUGCAAGCAUUAAGCAACAGCUAAACUGUACUGUGAACAAACAACUUGCCAGAGACCUCUAAAUGCUGCAGUUUGGCCUUUUGUGCUGUCACUGGAAUGAAACACUGUGUGUGCCUACGUGCAAGGGAUGAACAUUAUUAUUUAAGACACGGUGAAUUUAAAAGGAGUUAUUUCGCAAUCCUUUUGCCAAUUAUUUUUCAGUGUGGGCAAUGCCGAUUUAAUUGUGCAAGGAUGAAUUACUUGGGGCUUCUGGAUUGUAAACAUCGCUGCCCGUGAUUGCUGGGAUCCUGUCAGAGUUUGUGCCAGUAAUGAGAAAUAGAAGCAGCGGCAACAAUUAAACUGUAGGUCGACAUUCAAUGUUUUCAUCUCUAAAGCCCGGAGUUCAAAUCGACUCAAGCAGAUGGGAAAAAAAUGGUUUGUCCUUGCGUUCAUGGGAUUUAAAAAAAGAUUAGGUCACACUGUGAGGUUGAUGCUGCACUUGCAGUUGGCACUGAAAUGAUAGUGAGUAGUCACAUCCUCAAGUCUUUACAGCAUUACCUUUCCAACAAACUAGUGAAAAGGUUAAAUUCAAUCAGUGUAUCGGAGGAGAGAGUGACAUGUCACGUUAUCAUGUCCUAAUGUUUAUAAAUGGGUUAUGUAAAUAUUAACAAAAUGAUUUAUUUAUGUAUAUUGAAUUCACUGUACUUGUACUUGCUGUUUGGCUUCUCCACAUCCUUUCCAGUAAGAAUGCCUUAUUAAGGAAUGCACUUACCCAAAUGCUUGCCUUGUCCUACCCUGAACCUUCCCUGGUGUAGAAGUGAGUUUACGUCAACAUUUAUUUUACAGUGGAAGUUCAAAAAUUCCAUCUGUGAAAACUAAUUAUUAUAGUUAUAUGUCUAGAUGCUGCUGUUCCAGUUUUACAACCCAGCCUGCUCCCUAAAUUUUAAGACAACUUUACAAAUAAACUAAUAAUUUGCAGGAUGAGUUUUGAAUGCAGACUGUAAAUAUGAAGAACAAACAUUGAUAGUUAAACAUGUUAUGUUACCUUGAGCAAUUGAUUACAAUCCCAAACUGAGAUGACAACCUGGGUUUUCAAUGAAUCCCGAUGUGAACCAGUACAGUGACAAUUGGGAUUAACGCAAAAACCUAUAGAUGAUCUUAAUAUUUUCUCGUAAUCCUUGCCAAAUUAGCAAAGUGAUGAUUGUUAAGCCAUAACAAGAGAGCACAGUUAGAAAUAGGUAGAAUAGAUGUGGUGCCAUAAACAAAAUAUCCAAGCAGAUUCUAUAUAAAGGAAGGAAAUGUUAAAGUGAACCAAUUACCCAUCCGACAAAAUCCAUCUCUCCGCUUUGAAUAGGAAAAUAACAUAUUGCUCCCUCUGCUUUAAAAGCUCAAUAGUUAAGUCAUUCUUAUUCCCUUUCUGCAAAGUUGCGUUGAUUAACUAUGCCAGUCAUGGGCUCUGCAAUCUUAUAAUCGGCAGAAGUUGUGGAAUCCUGAAGAACAAUGAAAAACAUUAGCAAAAUAGUCUGUGCAGUUUGUUGACCAGAGACAGUUAAUUAUUUCCUGUGCCCACAGAUGCUGUUGGACCUGCUAAGCAUCUCCAACAUUUUCUAGUUUUUAUUUCAGAUUUCUAGACUGUCCAAUUUGUUUUACCAUUCCUCAGAUGAUGCCAAUUGCAAAGACUGUUAUUUACACAAAUAAUAACCUGCAAACAAUUUGCCUAUCAAUCAUUUUAUAAGAUGACCAUGUAAUGGAAUGGGCUUCUUUGCUCUUAAGCAAUGAUUGUCUUACAACCAUGACAAAAAAACAUUAUAUUUUUUAUGGUUCUUCAUUAAAAGUCACUUACUCAUCAUUUUUUUCUUUACACCAGAUAAAGGCAUAUAGUGAUACAGUAUGGAAUCUUUGUCCUCUCCCCUAAAACUUGCCCUCAGGUUCUUGAUUUCCUUACUUUGAGUAAAAGACUCAUUCAUCUUAUCUAUAAGAUCUAUACACCUCUAUAAGAUGACCACUCAGCCUACUGCACUCUAAGAAAUAAAGUCCUAGCUUUCCCAAUCUCUCCCUAAAGCUCCAGCCCUCAAGCUCUGGCAACAUCCUCAUAAAUCUUCUCUGCACUCUUUCCAGCUUAACAACAUCCUUUCUAUAGCAGGGUGACCAAAACUGAACACAAUGUUCAAAAUGUGACCUUACCAAUGUGUUUUAACUGCAAUAUGAUAUCCAGAGCAGACACAAUGGGCCAAAUGGC